AUGGGAUAUAAUAGUAUUAACUCUCGAUUUAUGAUAUUUAGCGGUGAAAAGGGAUGUGAUACCUCUAAAAACGCUCGAAAAAUUAAUGAACAAUGUUUCACACUCAAAAAGCCUACAAAUGUACGCGGAAGGAAAUUAGACUUGAUGCUCGUAUAUGACGAUAUUGUUCUUUGCUCUGCCGAAUGGAAAUCGAUGGCUUCAUCAAGAGCUGUUAUUAUGAAGCAAUUUAUUAAGAAUCUUCGUGUCAACAAUUGCAUACUUCAUGAGUUGAGGGAACAUUUGGACGAUGAUAAUACUAUAAUUUUAGGAAUGGAUUGGAAGGGAUUGCUUGGUUAUAGUUAUUGUAUGAAGAUGAUAGACAAGGCGGUGGUUGUAAAAGAAACAUGCAAACUAUUCCUCCCUCAAGAUAAAUGUGAAUUUGAAGAUUUUUCUGACACAGUCGCAUCACUUAUACAAUUUAAGGCUCAUUAUGUUGACAUGACUAAGAAAUUAAAGGUCAAGAUUUCCAAACAUCGCCGAGACCAUUUCUAUGAUGAGCAGUUUAAUAUCACCCCUACCAACAGUCGAAGCCCCUCCCCACAUACCUUUUUUUUACUUCAAAGCGGCCAACUACUGCUCGUCAGCAUGAAGAAUAAUUAUUGA